UACCUAAAACCCUCAUAAACGCUUCUGCUCACUCCCUUGUUCGUAGGUAACUAAAAACCCUCUAGCUUCAGUCCUCAUCUAAAACCCUGAAAACCAAAGAGCAAAAUCGAAACAACAAUGGCAGAGCAAGACAAGGGAAGAGGAGAAGAAAAGAAAUUUUCAGUAUGGGAUUUGCCUGACGUGCCAAUGGGUCAAUUGCCACUGCACCUUGAACUCCAACGAACUCGUGUUUUUUGCAACAAGGAUGCCCCGAUUCAUACAGAGAGCAUUCAAUAUUCCGGUGCCUAUGCAUCGAUUGGAGUUGAUAAUAGUGUACGACUUGAUAAUUUCUGCAACAACUUUAGAGUUGAGGUGAUUCAACUUAAUGAAGAUGACAUGGUGUUUGAUAUGAUUGGUAUCGAUGCAGCUACUGCCAAUUCAUUCCGGAGGAUCCUUAUAGCUGAGGUUCCGACAAUGGCAAUCGAAAAAGUUCUCAUUGCAAACAACACAUCUGUAGUCCAAGAUGAAGUUCUUGCUCAUAGGAUGGGCCUUGUUCCAAUCCGUGUUGACCCAAGGCUGUUUGAUUAUAUGUCAGAAAAUGAUCAACCAAAUGAAAAGAACACCGUUGUUUUCAAACUCCAUGUUAAUUGUAAAAAGGGUUGUCCACGUAUUACAGUUAAGUCGGAUGAAUUGAAGUGGUUGCCUAAUGGAAGUGAACUGGUUAAGGAAUCAACUGCAAAUUCAGAGUCAUCAUCAAACCCUGAAACCUACACUUACUUCAGUUGCAGCCAAGAGAGUGUUCCAGAAUUUGUCAAGAACCCCAUUGCCCCUAAUUAUCCAGAUAUUAUACUUGCUAAACUUGGUCCUGGACAGGAAAUUGAAUUGGAAGCCCAUGCUGUUAAAGGCAUUGGAAAAACACAUGCAAAGUGGUCCCCUGUGGCCACUGCUUGGUAUCGGAUGCUUCCAGAGGUUAUAUUACUGGAGGAUGUUGAAGAUGACCUCGCUGAAGAACUCAAAAGCAAAUGCCCAGUUAAUGUAUUUGACAUAGAAGAUAUUGGAAAAGGUAAGAAAAGGGCAACCGUAGCAAGGCCUCGGUCUUGCACGCUUUGCAGGGAAUGCAUAAGAGGUGAUGGGGAGAAACGAGUGGCACUACGUCGUGUUAAAAAUCAUUUCAUAUUUACCAUUGAAUCUACCGGAGCAUUACCUCCUGAAGUUCUAUUUACUGAAGCUGUGAAGAUUCUAGAAGAUAAGUGUGAACGUGUGAUAACGGAACUCUCAUGAUGUUUAUUUAUAUGGUUAGCACGGAUGAGAGAAGCAAUGAACUUUAUAGACCCUUCUCUAUUAUAAUCCAAGUAGAUUAUGGAAUGAGAGGGAAGGAUUAUUGAUGAUGAGCAUUUUAUAUUUUUUGUUCAUAAAUAUAUAUAAAAAUAUAGUUGUAAUACACGGAUCAAGUUUGACCUUGAAGUAGCAAAUUCAUCAAUGUUGCUUUUAGUGGCAUCAA